AUGGGUUUCGCCAUUAGUGCUUCGUCUAUCUGUUACCUGGCCCUGGUAUACUCAGUAUACCUUGCCGAAGGUCUCGGUAGUGCAGGUCUUUCUCUGCUCGGUGGCAGUCUGCACCCAUCUUUCGACCUGUUCAACGAGUUGGAGGUGAGUAAGAAAACAUCGAGUAAGGAUUCCAGUGAUAAGGAGCCUGCGGAGGCUGAUUCUGGGAAAUCUGAAAACAAUGAAACUCAGAAUGGUACCUCCGAUGCCAAAUCAGCGGCAACUAAACAAUCUGAACCUAAAGAAGAUGAUGACGACGAAUACGACGAUUUUGACUUUGAAGAUGAUGACGAUGAUGAAUUUGAUGAUGAGUAUGACGAUGAAUAUGACUCAGAACCCUCUACCAACAAGUCAGGUAGUCCGGGCGAGCAUUCUGCUGAGCACCAUAAUGAGGGAUCGUCCAAAUCUGAAAAGGCUGAUCACAAAACGGAAUCUGAAUCUGCGAAUGCCAAAGUUGAUGCCUCUAGCAACGAGGGGAAAACUAGUUCAUCCACUUCUAAUGGUGCCGAGAGCACGGCGGCAUCAUGUCCUCUUGGGUCGGAUAAACACCAUCAAUCAGAGAGUGCCUCUAUCCACAAUUUGGACGCAGAUGUAGCGGCGGCUACUAAACCAGGUGCUACCGUAAACGAGGGCCACAAGGGCACAUCACCGGCGGAGGAGCACGGUGCAUGUCCGUUAAAUCUCCCGGAUAAGGUCAAGGAAGGUGCUAGUGGCAAGUCGACCUCAGAUGUUGCAGCUUCGGAAUCUGCUGAAGAGAACGACGGCGCUACAAGCAGCGAAGAUGACCAGGAGAAUGCGACGAAAGAGAAGAAGGUAGAGCAUGAGGAGGGAGAUAAGAAAGAGGGUAACGUUAAAGCUGCUUCAUCUGAAGAUGAAGAUGAGGAUGAGGCAAGUGAAGACGAAGAAGAAAGUGAGGAAGAAGAUCAAUCGAAAAAUACGGAGGAUGCUGGCGAUGAGAACAAAGCUGAGACAGAAAAAGCAGAUUCGUCUGCUGAUGCCAAGUCCUCAUCUGAAAGCUCAGAAACGGAUUCCAAUGCUGAAUCUGUUUCCGAGAAAGCAACAUCCAACAACGAUGACUCCAAUACUGGCUCCUCCGAGGAGGAGGGUGAGGAAGAAGACUCUGAUUCGGCAAAGAAAGAGCAGCAUGGAGUAGGAAACGAGGAUUCUCAAAAGGAGCCAGAGAAGUCAACGGACACUGAGCACGAGAAGGCUGAAAGUGAAGAGGAAGAAGAUAAAGAGUUGGAUGCCGAGGAUGCUUCACAGAAGGAUGAGCAAGAAGCGAACCAUAAUGAAAAGGCGGAUAUGGACGAAUCUGAAAAGCAAAAAUCUCCAUCGGCAGAGGCCAAGCCUUCAGAGAGCGUUAAGGACGCCAAAUCAGCCACUGCCUCUAAGGAUGCUGCUAAAUCCGAAGAACCUAAGUCCGAAUCUAACGCCAACGGUUCUUCUAUUCCCCAGGAUUUGGUGAAAGGUUUGGAACCUAUUGCCACACCCACCGUCGAUGGCAAAGCAGUGGCUGUUGCGACCGCACGUCCAUUGGUUGACGAGAGUGCAGUUCCCAAGUGUCCUGGUGUAGAUAUGGACGAUGGUGCUGCAGAGGCGUACAGCGAAGAGGGCGAUGUGCAGUCUGCGAAGGCCGGGAAAGCCAAUGAGUCAGCUAAAGAUGACAACGCUGCUAGAGACGAAGAUGAACACGAGGCGUCUGAGCACCAGGAAGAUUCUGAGGAGGGUGAUAAGAAGGCUAAGGAAGAGACUGAUGAGGAAGAGGAAGAGGAGGAGGAAGAAGAAGCUGAAGAAGAGUGA